AUGUAUUCUAUUGAUAAUUACGGUAUUGAUUAUUUAAUUAGAAAAAAUAUAAAUCAAAUUGAAGGAAUAAACGGGAAAAUAAAAGCAUUAUAUGAAGAUUUUCAUGUACAUGAAAUAACUAAAAAUGAUGAAAUUCUUUACUUAAAUGAUCUUAUAGAUAAAAAUAGAAUUAAUAAAAUUCUAGAAGAAAAUGAAAAAAAUGAAGAAAGGAAUAUAUUGGAAAAUAUUAGUAAUACAGAUUUAAACCUUAAUUUAAUUUCAAAGUAUAUAAAUGAAUUCAAUCAGAAUAUUUUCAGACAAUUUUUACAGAUGUUAUAUGAAAUAUAUCAAUUAAAAAAUAAAAAGGAUCCAGAUGAUAUAAUUAAUAAUUCAAAGGAUAUUACUAUUCCUUACUGUUUUUUAACUGAUGUUGAUAACGUAACAAAAGAUGAAAAUUUUUCUCAAAAUGAAUUUUAUGAUAAAGGAGAACUUCAUGAUGUAGUGGAGAAAAAAAAUUUAAGAAAAAAUAUUCAUAAAGUUAUAAAGCAAUUUUAUCCAUUUUUAAUAACGGAGACUAAAAAUAUUACAAAAAUUGAAACUGUUAUAUCUCAUGGAAAUAUAUUAAAUGACAGUCUUCUAAAAAAUAAAUACAACGUGAAUUUUGAUUUUAAUAAUAAAUUUGGAAACACAACAAGCGCUAUUGAAGUUUAUCCAUCUUUAUAUUGUCUUAAAAUUAUUUUACCAGAUUAUAUAUAUAAAAAAUUAAAAAAAAAUUCUAAAAAAUAUCGUUUUUGUAGAAAUGACGAACUAGAAAAUAUUAAUAUCCAUCAAUUUAAUGAUAUAGAAAAAUUCAAAAAUUAUUCAAAAACACUGGAACGAAAUUCCGAGUUUCUAAAUUAUGAAAAUAGUAAUGAAAAACAAAAUGAAAUAAAUAAAACAAUAAGUAAAAUUGAGAGUGAUAAUAUUUUGAAAAAAAAAAGAAAAUUGAUAGAUAAUAAUUUGAAUGAUGAAAAAUUACUAAAUUUAAAAUAUCAUAGUUCUUCAAAUGAAUUAAAUAUACAAAUAUUAAACCAAGAUGAAACAAAUGAAAAGAAGAUAUAUAAUACUUAUGAGAAAAGUAAAAAUUUUAAUGAAUCUUAUAAUGAAACGUUUAUGAAUGAUGAGAUAAUAAAUAAUGAAACAAAUUAUGUAGAUAAUAAAUUAAAUAUUCGUAUAAAUGAUAAAAAAAACAAAUUUCAAGGAAAAGAUACUUACUUGUAUAGUUAUAAUACUUCACAUGAAUUGGAUAACAUGGAAGCUAUAGAAAAUAAUACAUACUUAGAUGAUUUAAAUGAAAUUAGAAAAAAAAAGAGAGAAUUAAAAAAUAAAAAGAAAUAUUUACACUUUAAUUUAUAUAAAGAAAAUAAAGAUAUAUGUGAAAUAUUAAAUAAAAUUAAAAUAAAUUUAAAAAAAAAAAACUCUGAUAUAUCUUACUGUGGAAUUAAAGACAAAAGAGGAAUAACAGUACAGAAAUUUUGUAUUUAUAAAAUAAAAAAAGAGGAUAUAUUCAAAUUAAUAAUCAAUAAAAGUAAGUGGUGCAAUAACGUAUACUUAUCAAAUUUGGAAUAUAAAAAUGAAAAAUUAUCUUUGGGAGAUUUAAAAGGGAAUUUUUUUAAGAUUUUAAUUAGAGGAGUAGAUAAUGAUGUACAAGAUAAAUGCAAAAUUCUUUCUAAAAACUUAAAAAAAUAUGGAUUUGUUAAUUAUUAUGGUUAUCAGAGAUUUGGGAGCAAAAAAAUAAAAAAUUAUGAAAUUGGGAUGUGUAUUUUAAAAAAAAAUUAUAAACAAGCUCUUUCUUUAAUCAUUGAAAAUUCAGAACUAGAUGAUGAAAGCAAAAACACUUUGAUUACAUAUUUAAAUACAAUAAAUGAAGAAAAUCAAAUAAAAAAGGAAAGAGAUGUGAGAAAAAAUGAAAAGGAUAAUAAAAAUGAGAAUGAAAUGAUUUACGAAAAUACAAAAUGUGAAGCAAAAAAUAAUGAAAUAUUUUACAAAAAUGAAAAUAAAAUUUUUAAUAAUAAAAGUAAAAACAACCAUAAAAAAAAAAAAAAUAAUAGUAUAAAACGUGAGGAUAGUAUUCCUGAAGACAUAGAACGUAUAAUUAACUCUAUUUCAAAUAAGUCAUACGUAGAAAAAAAGAUUUUAAAUUCAUUAAAAAACAGUACGAAUUUUAAAAAUGCAUUUAUGAAUAUACCUAAAGAUAUUUUUUCUUUAUUUAUACAUGCAACACAAAGUUUAAUUUUUAACAUUUUGGCUAAUAUUAGAAUGAAAAAAUAUGGGUUUCAAAUUGCAAUAGGUGAUUUAGUUGAAAUAAAUAAUUCAGAAAUUUUAAGUAGUGAUGAUUCAAAUAUAGACAAGUGUUCCAAAAAUAAGGAUAUAUGUAAAAAUAUUGUUGUAGUGACUCAAGAAAAUAUUUUAUUAUAUGAUAUUUAUGAUGUCGUUUUGCCUUUACCAGGAGAUCAAAGUAUGAUGCUCCCCAUUAAUUUAAUUGAUGAAUAUAAUGAAGUUUUGCAGAAUUUUAAUUUAUCACUAAAUGACUUCAAAUCAGAAAAAAAUUUUUUUAAUGCUUCAGGUUGCUUUAGAAAAAUUGUUGUUAAACCAUAUAACGUCAAGUUAGUUUUUAUAAAAAACAAUAUUGACAAUUCAAAUAAAAUUCCAGUAAUUAAAAGUGAUUUAUAUAAAUUACUUAAUGAGAAAAAAGAAAGUGAAAAAGAAAGACUACAAGAAGAGGAGAAUGAUGCCACUAAUAAAGAUAAUGAAAAAAUUUGUGAGAAUUAUAUAAAAAAAAGUGAUGAGCCUGCUAUCAAUGAAAGUAACUUUUUAAAUACAGAAAAAGAAAUUGAAGAAAAUAUUAUUUUUAUUUCCAACAAUUUCUAUCAUGAACAUUUAGUCAAAGAAAUACCAAAUUAUCAAUUGAAAUCAUCCAUUUUCUUAACUUGUUCUUUACCAAAGUCCUCAUAUAUAACAGUUGCACUUAAAGAAGUUCUAAAUCUUUAA